GCCGAUGACAGAGCAGCGGGAGGGUUGGCGCACCAGCCGCCAUGGGGGAAGCGGAGAAGUUCCACUAUGUCUACAGCUGCGAGUUGGACCUGAACGUGCAGCUGAAGAUAGGCAGCUUGGAAGGGAAGAGAGAGCAGAAGAGCUACAAAGCGGUUUUGGAAAACCCCAUGCUGAGGUUUUCCGGGCUGUACCAAGAAACGUGUUCUGACCUCUACGUCACCUGCCAGGUGUUUGCAGAAGGAAAACCUCUCGCUCUCCCUGUCCGGACGUCCUACAAAGCUUUUAGCACCAGGUGGAACUGGAAUGAAUGGUUAAAACUGCCAGUUAAAUACCCUGAUUUGCCCCGAAAUGCUCAGGUGGCAUUCACAAUAUGGGACAUCUAUGGACCUGGGAAAGCGGUCCCUGUGGGGGGCACAACGGUCUCUCUCUUUGGGAAAUAUGGGAUGUUCCGUCAAGGGAUGCAUGAUCUCAAAGUAUGGCCCAAUGUGGAGGCCGAUGGUUCUGAGCCCACCAAGACUCCUGGGAAAACAAGCAGUACGUUUUCAGAAGACAAGAUGAGUCGGUUAGCCAAGGCCUCAAGCGAGGAAUAUUUGGAGGAACUCACCAAAUCUCACAGGCAGGGGCACAUGGUCAAAGUCGAUUGGCUGGAUAGGUUGACUUUUCGAGAAAUUGAAAUGAUCAACGAGAGCGAGAAGCGAAGUUCUAAUUUUAUGUACUUGAUGAUUGAAUUCCGUUGCGUCAAAUGCGAUGACAAAGAAUACGCCAUUGUGUAUUAUGAGAAGGAUGGCGAUGAAGCAUCUCCAAUUUACACAAGUUCCGAGAUUGUGAAGGUUCCAGAUCCGCAGAUGUCCAUGGAGAACUUGGUGGAAAGCAAACAUCACAAGCUUGCCAGGAGCUUAAGAAGCGGCCCUUCGGAUCAUGACCUUAAACCCAAUGCUACUACCCGAGAUCAGCUGAAUAUCAUCGUGAGUUACCCACCUACAAAGCAACUAACGUACGAAGAACAGGACUUGGUGUGGAAGUUUCGAUACUACCUUACCCAUCAAGAAAAGGCCUUGACCAAAUUCUUGAAGUGCGUCAACUGGUCUCUUCCUCAAGAAGCAAAGCAAGCUCUAGAACUCCUGGGCAAAUGGAAGCCGAUGGAUGUGGAGGAUUCCUUGGAGCUUCUGUCCUCCCAGUUCACCAACCCAACCGUGCGCCGUUAUGCUGUGGCCAGAUUGCAGCAAGCGGAUGAUGAGGAUCUGCUGAUGUAUUUGCUGCAGCUUGUCCAAGCUUUGAAAUAUGAAAAUUUUGAUGACAUCAAAAGUGGGUUGGAGCCCACAAAGAAGGAAACUCAAGGAUCCGUCUCGGAGAGUAUGGCCGCCUCUGGAGUCACUGCUCCUGAAAUAGAAAGCUCACAGAUCAUCACAAGCCCUCUGCCCCUUAUUUCUUCCCCGCUACCAACUGCAAAAACGAAAGAAUCGGCUGAGAAUGAAAACCUUGAGCAAGACCUUUGUACAUUCUUAAUAUCACGAGCAUGCAAGAAUUCCACACUGGCAAACUAUUUGUACUGGUACGUGAUUGUGGAGUGUGAAGACCAAGACACACAACAGAGGGAUCCCAAAACUCACGAAAUGUACCUGAACGUCAUGCGUAGGUUUAGUCAAGCCCUCUUAAAGGGUGACAAAUCCGUCCGGGUGAUGCGAUCCUUGUUGGCCGCCCAACAAACCUUUGUAGAUCGAUUGGUCCAUCUAAUGAAAGCUGUGCAGCGUGAAAGUGGGAACCGGAAAAAGAAGAAUGAGAAAUUGCAGAUUCUCCUGGCAGACAAUGAAAAGAUGAAUUUAUCAGAUAUCGAACCCAUCCCGCUGCCUCUGGAACCCCAAGUGAAAAUCAGAGGAAUAAUUCCCGAGAAAGCCACUCUGUUCAAGAGUGCCCUGAUGCCGGCUCAGCUGUUCUUCAAGACCGAAGACGGGGAUAGCUACCCUGUCAUCUUCAAACACGGGGAUGACUUACGUCAAGAUCAGCUCAUUCUCCAGAUCAUUUCGCUGAUGGACAAGCUCUUACGCAAGGAGAACCUGGAUUUGAAGUUGACGCCCUACAAAGUGUUGGCUACAAGUACAAAACAUGGUUUCAUGCAGUUCAUCCAGUCGGUACCAGUGGCAGAAGUCCUUGCUACUGAAGAAAGCAUCCAGAACUUCUUCCGGAAAUACGCGCCGAGUGAAACCGGGCCCCACGGCAUCAGUGCGGAAGUCAUGGACACCUACGUGAAAAGUUGCGCUGGGUAUUGUGUGAUCACAUAUAUACUUGGAGUUGGAGACAGGCAUCUGGAUAAUCUUUUGCUCACCAAGACAGGCAAACUUUUCCACAUUGAUUUUGGCUACAUUCUGGGACGUGACCCGAAACCUCUUCCUCCACCCAUGAAGCUGAAUAAGGAAAUGGUGGAAGGAAUGGGAGGGACGCAGAGCGAACAGUACCAGGAGUUUCGCAAGCAAUGCUACACGGCCUUCCUUCAUCUGCGCAGAUAUUCCAAUUUGAUUUUGAAUUUGUUCUCUCUGAUGGUGGAUGCCAACAUUCCAGACAUCGCUCUUGAACCGGACAAGACCGUCAAAAAAGUUCAGGACAAGUUCCGUCUGGAUCUGUCUGACGAGGAAGCUGUCCACUACAUGCAGAGUUUGAUCGACGAAAGUGUCCAUGCGCUCUUUGCAGCGAUGGUGGAACAGAUCCACAAGUUUGCUCAGUACUGGAGAAAAUGAGACGUCAUCACUUCUGAAGGCAAAAAAAAAAAAAAAAUUCACACAUCCAGCUGCUUCCUGAAACUGCUGAAGAUAACAUCAAACAAGGAUGUCAUUUUGUUCUACAUUGGAUAAUGAAUUGAUCAAGAAUUGCCAUUCCAAACUAGGACAGGGGUACAUGUUCCUCACUUUUCGGUUAUCAGACACAGUUUGGAUAAGAGGGCAAUGCUUUUCCAGAACCACAAUGACAAGAAGAAAAUAAAUGUCUAAUGGUUUUUUGAAGAACAUCUGUGCACUUAUUACUGUGGUCCCUCUACAGGAACAGAACUAUGGAGGGACACGUGCGGCCAAGGCUUAUGAACUUGGAACGGAAGUUUGGAGUCAUUUCUAAAAACUUGUCCAAACUUGAGUUGGCCCUCCCUUUUAAAGUAAAUUAGUUCCUACAGAUUCCCCCCCUUUUUUUUUUUUUUUAGAAAAAGGGGGCCCUACAAGCUCUGGUCAGAUCUGGACCUCAGAAAAAAGUCAAAGUCCUCAAAAGAUAUCAGCGACGGACUUCAAAUGCCUGAUGGGAAGAGAGCGAAAAUUUUCACUUUCCUUACAACAACAUAAUGUAUGUUGACCGUAUCUGCCAAAUCUAAUAAAAUGGCU